UGGACACGCUGCUAGUCGGAAAUUGCGUCACAACAUUGAACACAACAGGCUUUUGGUGGGAAAAUGAUUUCUCCUGUAUGCACAUUUUCUUAAAAAUUAGAAUUAUUAACAUGAAUUUUCUGAGGUUUAUUGUUAUACCAAAGUAAGAGGUUUUGUAUCAAGUACAUAAUAGUUUGAAAAAUUAAUGCGCAACAGCCCUUAUAGUCUGUUAAAAGAAUCGGGCUAAUCAGGUAAAGUUCACUGUGCCUAUUGUUUGCUAGCAUGCUAUUAGUCAACGGUCUGACGUGAGGUAGAAACAAGCUACUGUUUUGUAACUUUUCGAGGUUAAAGUUUCUCCCACUGUGGGGAAAGUUAAUGGAUUUUAAGUUUUGUUAAGCAGUUACGGUAGCGCUUCGUGGCAAGGCAAGAACACGGUUAGUUUACUUGACCUAACACUGGCUAAUUGACUGACAUCAUGCCAGAAAUCAAACUCAAGCACGUCGUGUCUUGCAGCACCGAGGAUCCUACUCAUAAGGCAGACAACCUGCUGAGCGCUGACACCUACAGGAAGUGGAAAGCGGCAAGACCUGGGGAGAAGCAGACAUCAGUCAUCCUGCAGUUUGAGAAGGAGGACCAGGUGCACAGCAUUGAUAUCGGAAAUGAAGGCUCAGCUUUCAUUGAGGUGUUGGUGGGAAAAUCAGCUAUCAGAGAACAGGACUUUGAGGUUCUUCUGGUUACGUCUUCCUUCAUGUCCCCCACGGAGAGCCGUAACGGCACCAACUUGAACCGUGUGCGUUUCUUUGGGCCCGACCAGCUGCAGAAGACCACAGCACAAGAAAAGUGGGACAGAGUGAAAAUUGUGUGUACACAGCCAUACAACAAAAACAUAGCUUAUGGGCUGGCCUUUGUCACGUUCCAUUCACCUCCUGACAAAAAUGAUCCUCCUCCAACAGCUUCCCCAAAAGUGACAAAGCUAGGACAGUUCAGGUUGAAGGAUGAGUCUCCUUUAUCUGGGUCUAGCCUUCAGCCUGGCAGUCUCUUCUUCAAUCGGGACAAUGCAACAAAGUCCAGUAGUUCACUCAAAGCGCCUUCUCAGAGCGAGAAGUUGAGUUACGCUGCUGCUGCCCUGCAGGCUGGUGGCACUUCUCACUCUUCAGGCCCAGUGUCAUCCUCCAACCCUGCCUCACCACAGCCACCAACGAAAAGAAAAUUUGAGUUUAGCAAAGAGCGGCACUCUGACCCUGGGCCUCCUCUGAAGAAAAUAAGCCCAGGUGGCUCACCUGAGGACCAAGCUGCAACCCCCAAACACAAGCAGAGCAAAGCCAGCACACCCAGCCCCGGUGUCUUGAAAGCUUCUCCAGCACAAAAAUCUGUUGACAAGAAGAGAGAGAGUCGGUCCAAACCCAAAACCGAACCUAAACAACAGAAAACAAAACCUCAGAGUGGCCAAGAGGUCCCAUUCAGCCGGAUCAUGGAGGGGGUUGUGUUUGUCCUCAGCGGCUUCCAGAACCCUUUCAGAGGGGAGCUAAGGGAAAAGGCUCUGGAUAUGGGAGCCAAGUAUCGGUCCGACUGGACACCCGACUCCACACACCUUAUCUGUGCCUUCGCUAACACCCCCAAGUACAGCCAGGUGAAAUCAGCAGGGGGUAUCAUCGUACAGAAAGAAUGGGUGAUGGACUGCCAUAAGAGGAAACAAAAAAUCUCCUAUAAACGGUAUUUGAUGGAUGGAGCAGAGUCAACCUCAGAGAGUGAAAUGGAAGGGGAGGACCAGAGUGAUGAGGAAAUGAACACAAAAACUCCACAGAAGCAGGAGAGACGGGUCACCCCCAAACAGACACCAGAAAAACACAGGGAUGAAGAGGAUGAUGAGGAGUAUGCUCGCUCCACUGAUGUGGAGGAACCAGGAGGUGAUGAUGACGAUGAAUCGGGUGUGGACACGGAGGACGAGCUGCAGAGAGUGGAAAAGGAGAGCAGACAGAAGAAAGCAGCAGCAGAAGUGAAGGCGGACGAUCCAUAUGGGGGGUCGACAGAUGAAAACACAGAUGCUGAGGCUGAAGAGGACCAUCCCAUCCCUGAGCUACCAGACUUCUUGAGUGGAAAGCACUUUUUCCUCUUCGGCAAAUUCCCAAACAAUGAGAGACGCCUACUGUUGCGGUACAUCGUUGCCUUUAACGGAGUGAUCGAGGACUACAUGACAGAGAAGGUGCAGUUUGUGGUGACCAGUGAAGGGUGGCAGGACUCUUUUGAAGAUGCGCUGAUGGACAACUGCAAUCUGAACUUUGUCAAACCCGCAUGGAUUUAUGCAAUCAAUGAACGACAAAAGAUGCUCCCCUAUCAACCCUACUCUGUUGUCCCCUGAACAGCACAGUGUGUGUACACACAAAGGUGUGUUCAAACACACAAUCGCACUUCAAAUCCUGAAAAAGGAGCAAUGGGGAAAGCCACGGACAUUUUUUUCUUUUUCAGAUUCACUUAUAAGAAGCAAUAAAGCAAUUAUAGUUCAUUAAUGACAUAACACUUGCUAUUCAUCUUCAAUCCUAAACCAGUUUCUAUAAAAUCCAAGUUUCUCCACAAAUGUUCACCUUUUGGCUGAGCUGAGAAAAUGUCUAUUUAAAUGGUGUCUGCUUAGGUUAAUGCUAGGAUUAGGUUUAGCGUUAUUAUUAGCCUUUUAUACAGUUUUUAGUCCUGGCUUGGGCACAAGGUAACAUCAUCAUCAAUGCGUCUCUUAAUUUCUUUGGUUUGAUGGAGCAAUGCACACACUUUCUGAUCCAGGGCGUGUUUGAGUUUGUCCGUGGUUGUGCUGCAGUUUGCUGCCGCUCACCUCAGCUCCUCAGGCUCCGUCUGGAAAUGAGUUAUCAGCCUGUCGUGACAGCCAGCAGCAUGUACACUAUUAUCAAACCGGGUCAAAGUCAGGUGAAAUGUGUCAGCUUUAGAAAUUAAAAUGAAUACUGGGAGACUGUUUGUUCUGCUUUUUAUUUGAUUAAAUGCUGUGAGUGGGAAAGCCAUAGAUUUUUGUGUAUUGCUCAAGUUUGAUAAGUCCAAGUUUGUGAUUUUCUUCAUGUCAAGUAUUACAAGAGAUGGACUGGCUCACCAAAUGUGGGGAUGUAAAACCAGCGUCGGUGUUUUGCAUCACUCGAUUUAAGUUGCAUGGAAAUGUUGGGCUUGCUGCAUGAUUUGACUGCUUUGCUUGUGCAAAGCCACUUGUUUAAGUCUCAGUCUUAAGUUUGUUUUCUUAUAAUACUUAUUUUGUCCAAAUAAAAAAAGGUUUUUAAUUACA